AUGUUUCGAUUUGCGGAAAAUAUCUACGAGGAAAAUACGUUCCUUCCGAAUAGCGAUUCGCCUCCUGCUACGACAGCGCCCUCUAGCAGUGACAUUCAGGCAACAAGGAACUUCCGACGUUACAUUUCCGGCAAUAGGGUAGUGGAGACUGUAGUCCUCCCUGGCCCCCUGGAGGAAAGCGAUAUGCCGUCUACCAGCAACCAACAACCAGCCGCCACCAUUUCUAAGGAAGUCCUCAUUUACGCAGACGUCCAUCACACCAAGGCACGCCCAUUGGACGUCCCGCCCAUCCGCACGGCGCCUACCACCCAGUAUGCAGACAUCGACAUCUUCCUGUUAUCAACUCCUGUCGAGACCCCGCCUCUUCUCAGAGACGACGCCCCAAGCUUGGGUGCUGAGGGGCUGAUUCUAGAUAGUUUGCAAGAAGAGGGCAUUGAAGAGAGGGCUCCGCCCCGCCCCCUCCGGGGUAACCCGAUCCCUCAUCUGGUACGGGAUUGGCAGAUCUAG